AUGCAUUUUCGGAUUCUUGUCUUGGUUACGCUCUUUCAUGUCGCAGCAGUUGCUCCCGCGAUACUUCCUCGUCACCGUUUGCUGUCUGAUCCUGUCACCAAAAAUAUUGAAUACAAUUCAACUCGUGGUAAGCUCGAGUCUGGUGGACCUCCAAAAUGGACUGUGAGACCCGGCAUUGGUCACUCUGUUUUAUUUAGAGUUGUUUUACAUGAAAUUAUCUUCCCUGGUAAUGGUCAAGAUUGUUUAAGCGAUGCCUACGUCAUCCUUACUGACAGUAACAACAAUUCGGCCAUUUAUUGUGGGUCAGUGAAAAACCGGGAGGUGAGACUGCUUUCGCUCCACCUAAGCAUUCAAAUUAUGUUUGGGUCAGAAUUUGAAGCAAACAUGUUUGCAAAUAUCUCUUAUGAAUUUUUUGAUCCGCCAGAAAAACAAAUAGUACCUGUCUGCAGUGGUAUAACUAGCGAUUCCACAUUUGGCUGGUACUGUAAGCCCUACUUUUAUGCGCCUAACUUCUCUGAAACGGUAUGCAUCCAACCAGCUGAAAUUUGUGAUGGUCAUAAUCAGUGUCCGAAUGGAGAGGAUGAGGAAAUGAAUGUUUGUAGUGUGGCAAAUAUUACAAGUUUACAUAUUCAGCUGCUCAAGAAUGGUACAUUUUUCCCGCGCGGUGGAGGCACUUCAUUAUGCAUCUCUUCAGCACAGACCAACUGCCAGGAGGGUGAUUGUGAAUCUGGAUGUGUUGACAGUUUAGUAAGCAAUGCUUCGUGUCCCGAUCAAACAUUUCAUUGCCAGGAAGAAGCCAAAUGUUUGCCACCGAGUGAUGUGUGCAAUGGGCUUCAAGAAUGUAUUGGACUUUCAGAUGAGUCAGUGGCUGCUUGCGAAUGGAGAAAAAAUCACGCCGACAGGUUGACCAAUAUAACUUAUGGUGAUACUUCUACCCUUUGUCCUCUCGGAUAUCCAUUCUUUUGUCCCAGCGACAAUACGUGCUUGGCUGUUAGAGCCAUCUGCAAUGGCUUUACAGACUGCUCCGAUGGCUUUGACGAAAGUGAAAUUGUUUGUAAAGCGGCUUCGCACUAUCAAAAGGAAUUAAUCAAUCAGACAGCAAGGAACUAUUCUACAGUACCUGUGGAGAAUACUGGUGCCGACUUAUUCACCACAAAUAUUACUCUUGAUGCAUUAGAGAAAACUGAAAUAAGGUGCACGAAAAUAGAUUUCAGUUGUCCCAAGGAAACAGCCGAGGUAGGGAAGAGAAACGUGGAAGAACUUGGUGAGGGCUCCAGGAACGUGGAGGCAGUGUCAGCGUCGGAAAAUAUCCAUUCUACAACUGUGGCAGAUGUGGAGUACCGAGAAAUAUCUUCGAAUUUCACCUACAACAAAACAGAAGUUGAUCAAGAAAAGUCUGUGGUCGAUUUUUCAAGCAGCACCGUCUCAAAUACAAUAACCACUAGUCUGAAGGAGGGUGAGAUCCUAGACGCAAAAAAAUGUACUGAUGUCCUAGGAACUAACAAAACAUCAGGAGGGCCUCUGGAUACUGAUCGGUUACAAUGUGCUGACUACAACAGCGCUGAAGAGCCUGAAACAAAUAAGAUUAAGGAAAGCCCAGAUCGAGCGAUUACUGAUAUUCCAAUUACUGAGGAAUCCAUCAACAAGACGGUCGAUGUGAUUACUGAUGCUAUAAGCAGUCAAGUUAUUGCUAGUCAUUCAGAAAUGAAUUUGAAUCCAUGUAGCCCCAUUGAUAAGCAGGACACUCCCUUCAACGAAACAACAAAUGCAGAUCUUACAACCAAGAAGAAAAAGCUGGCACUGCAAGCUUCAUUGGAAUCUACAAGUAGUCUCCCAACUGCUAAGCAGAAGAAAAAGGAGUCAUUGACAGAAAGCUUGCUAGAAUCAAGUAACAGCGGAUUGCAUUCGUUUGUAGCUGAUUUGAAGGUUAAGCAUUUUAACGGCGUUUUUACAGAACCUCCAGUUGAGCCUCAUGGAAAGUCAAUUGGAAGAUCUCACGCUAGUGAAGUAGAAUUGGGAAAAUCGACAUCAGUCCUUUGCAAUCCGCUGUGCAAAACGAAUAGUUCAGAAGCAAAAAACUUGGACAAGUCGAACCACGGGUCUGUUCAUCAAAGGUACAAUUUCACAGAUGGCCUUACACUUAAUAGGGCAGAAAUAAAUGCCAUGGUAAUGCCAGGGUCAGAUAUCAAGGGCGAAAUUGCCUUUCCUCCUCUGUGGAUAGCCCGAAUUUCCAGCGGCCCUUUCUUCCUCUGCUACGGUGUCCUUUUGGCAGAUGGAAGCACCUCCCGCUGGGUACUCAUCCCCGCCUCUUGCGGUCGUUACCUUCAAUCCUCCACUAUGCUCGUCCACUUUGGAGCCGGCAUCGACAAUUACGAGUGA